AUCCUUGAAGUUGAAACGGUCCAUUUGAGGCUAGAUCUGUCCAUUUUUGGGACCUCUGAAGCUGGAGCGGUCCACUUGAGUCUAGAUCUGUCCAUGUGAAGGACCUAUGAAGAUGGAGCGGUCCACUGGAGGUCAAAUCUAUCCAUGUGAAGGAACCAUGAAGAUGGAGCGGUCCACUUGAGGCAAAAUCUAUCCAUUUGAGGGACCCAUGAAGUUGGAGCGGUCCACUGGAGGCCAAAUGCGUCCAUCUGAGGGACUCAUGAAGUUGGAGCGGUCCACUGGAGGCCAAAUCUAUCCAUGUAAAGGACCUAUGAAGAUGGAGCGGUCCACUGGAGGCCAAAUCCGUCCAUGGCUUGUUAAAGAGGACCGCGUAGAGGACCGGAGAGGACCACUAGAGAGGACCGCGGAGAGGACCGUCGGAGAAGAUCGCCAGAGAGGACCGCCGGAGAGGACCACUGGAGAGGACUGCUGGAGAAGACCUCCAGAGAGGACCACUAGAGAGGACCGCGGAGAGCCUUGCUGAAAAGACCUCCAGAGAGGACUGCCGGAGAGCACCGCGGAGAGGACCGCUGGAGAGGGCCAUGGAGAGGACCGCCGGAGAGGGAAAGACAGAUUACAAAGCUAGGAUUCGGCUGAUCAAUCAGAACAAGAACAAAUAUAUCACCCCGAAAUACCGUCUUGUUGUUCGAUUUGAAUGAUGUAAUGGAGGAUAGAUUUAGUGUGUUGAUAAUGUUGGUGAAUCAAUUAGCUGCAGAUGGAUUCUAUUGUAAUUAUACAAUGGAAUUUCGCAGGCUACAAAGAGCACACUUGAUGGGAUAAUCGACACAGUUUCUGCAGUUCAUCCUCUUACGCCACUACUAAGCUUAUUGAAGAUCAAUGGCAGAAAAUUGGUUGUAGGAAGUGGCAUCGCUUGAAUAAAUUAAAGGAGACUCAAGCCA